AUGGCCAGUCCUCUUCUUCGAGACAUGUGGCCGUCUCCGUCGGAGCAGCACUCCUCCCCUGUCCCCAUUUCCACUGAGAAGGAGCCUUUCCCCGGGCAAAAACCCACUGAUCUCGAUCCACUUGAAACACCCAUUUGGAUAUCUCCCAGAAGGGGUCUUCUCCACCAUAUCUACAGCUUGUUCCUCCUCACGUACUCUGACAUCAAAGCCGUGAUUAUUCCGCAAUCCAUCUUCGCACUGUCAGCCUUCUACUCCCACCACGAUCUCAUCAUCUCGGAGCGUACCGGUCCAGCCAGCAUCGUCGCCUCCACAGCAUGGCGUCUUUGCCAGAUGCUAGCCUGGCUCUGGCUACACCUAAUCAUCCUUGAUCUCUCCAACCAGCGCCUCCCAGACUCAGUCGCAGAGGACGCGAUCAACAAGCCCUGGAGGCCAAUCCCGGCGAAGCGGCUGUCCCCCACGGAGGCGCGGACAAUGCUGCUGUGCGCCAUCCCCGCCGCGAUGCUCUUCAGCCUCCUCGGGACCGGCCAGGCGGCCUUCGUCCCCUCGACGACCCUCAUCUGCCUCUCGUGGCUCUACAACGACCUCGAGGGGUCCUCGGUGUCCAUCGUCGCCCGCAACGCGCUCAACGCCCUCGGCCUGACGUGUUUCGGCUGGGGCGCGCUGGCCGCCCUCGCGGGCCCCGCGGCACAGAUGGCCGCGCACGAGGCCGCCGUCUGGAUGGCCAUGACGGCUUCUAUCAUCUUCACCACCAUCCACGUCCAGGACUUCCGCGACGAGGAGGGCGACCGCCAGCGCGGGCGCAGGACCAUAGCCCUGCUGUUCGGGCCCGCCGUGGCCCGGGGCAGCUGUGCCCUCUUCGUCCUCCUCUGGUCUGUCGCGGCGCCGGCAUUCUGGGCGUUCAAGGGACACCCUCUUGCAACGCUCGCUGCGGACGCUGGCCUGACAUGUGCGUGGUGGGUCUGGGCAGUAAGUGUUGGGCUGGGUGCUGGCGUGGGGGGGUUGUUGAUGGCGAGGAAGGGCCAGAGGGUAGACGAGCUGGCGUUGACGGUGUGGUGUGCGUGGGUCGGAUGGGUGUAUAUGCUACCAUAUCUCGUUUAG